AUGGAGCUGUGUAAAUACCUGUUGUGCCUGCAGUUCAUCUUCCUUCUUAAAGAGUUGUGUCAGUGUUUCAACAUAGAUGUGAAGAAUCCACGCAUCUUCACAGGUCCCGAGGACGCACUGUUCGGUUUCUCCGUUUUACAGCAUGAAUCUGACGGCGAGAAAUCGAUGCUGGUUGGUGCUCCAUGGGAUGGGCCACCCAACAACAGGAAGGGAGAUGUGUACAAAUGUAUUGUGGGAGAGGAGAAGAACUCGAGCUGCAGUAAAGUCAAUUUAGGUGAGACUGCUCUCCAGAACGUUUCAAAAAACCUGAGGAAUUCUCACCUGGGGAUGACGCUCACUCCGGACUCACCUGACGGAUUCCUGGCAUGUGCCCCUCUGUGGUCUCAGGAGUGCGGUACAUCAAUGUUCAGCACCGGCAUCUGUGCCUCUGUCAGCGAUGACCUAGAACCAAGAGAGACGUUCGCUCCUACAGCCCAAAGGUGCUCCACAUACAUGGACAUUGUGAUCGUGCUGGAUGGCUCAAACAGUAUCUACCCCUGGUAUGAGGUCCAGAACUUCCUCAGCAACAUCCUCAGCAAGUUUCACAUCAGCCCAGACCAGAUGCAGGUUGGCAUUCUACAGUACGGCGAGGUAGCAGUCCAUGAGUGGUCUCUGAAGGACUACCAGACCACACAGGAGGUGGUGGAAGCUGCCAAGAACAUCAGCAGACAGGAGGGACGAGAGACUCGCACUGCAUAUGCCAUCCACAUGGCCUGCACGGAGGCUUUCAGUGCUGAGCGCGGAGCAAGGGAUGGUGCCACCAAAGUAAUGAUUGUAGUGACAGACGGAGAGUCACAUGACGGGGAGGAGCUACCGGAUGCUCUCAUGGAGUGCGAGAACAGGAACAUCACAAGAUAUGCCAUUGCUGUUUUGGGUCAUUACAUCCGCCGGCAGCAGGAUCCUGAGACAUUCAUUAACGAGAUCAAGUAUAUCGCCACCGACCCAGACGACAAAUACUUUUUCAAUGUGACCGAUGAAGCUGCGCUCAAUGACAUCGUGGAUGCUCUGGGAGACCGCAUCUUCACUCUGGAAGGGACGCUGGGCUACAACCAGAGCUCAUUCCACAUGGAGAUGUCUCAGAUUGGCUUCUCCACACACACACUGGAUGAUGGCAUUUUGUUCGGGAUGGUGGGCGCCUACGACUGGGACGGUGGUGUGUUGAAGGAAGGGCUCAACGGACCCAUCAUACCGCCCAGAGAGGCGUUUGAAAGCGAGUUUCCACUGGAGCUUAAAAAUCAUGCUGCUUAUUUAGGUUACACAGUGUCUUCUGUGAUAGUUGGAGACUGGAGGAGGCUGUAUGUGGCUGGGGCUCCUCGAUUCAAACACAAAGGCAAAGUAAUCCUAUUUGAGCUCAGUGACGAGGGAGAUGUCAACAUUGUACAGGCACUCAAUGGAGAACAGAUUGGGUCUUACUAUGGCAGUGAGGUGUGUGGGCUGGAUAUCGACCAGGAUGGCAUCACUGAUGUCCUUCUGGUCGCUGCUCCAAUGUUCCUCGGCUCAGGAAACAAGGAGGCCGGCAGAGUCUACAUUUAUACUCUCAGUGGGGAUGAGGUGUUUGUCUCCAAUGGCACCCUGAAGUCCGAGGAAAAGUCCCAGGAUGCCAGGUUUGGUUACGCACUCGCGGCCGUUCCAGACCUCAACCAUGACGGCUUCACUGACCUGCUAGUGGGAGCCCCUCUGGAGGAUGAACACAGGGGGGCCCUCUAUGUCUACCAUGGCAACGGCAUAUACGUCAUCCACAAUUAUAAGCAGCGUAUCGCUGGGUCAUCGAUCUCCCCCUCCCUGCAGUAUUUUGGCCGCAGUUUAAGUGCUCGGUUGGACUUGGAUGGAGAUGAGCUGAUAGACUUGGCAGUUGGAGCACAGGGCAGUGCAGUGCUACUCAGCUCUCGAAGCAUCGUCCAGAUCAAUGUGAGUCUGUCCUUUGAGCCGCACUCCAUCAACGUCAUCCAGAAAACAUGCCAGAGGGGAGGCAGAGAGUCCGCCUGUCUCAAUGCCACCGCCUGCUUCACCACUGUCUCCCGUUCCCCUGGAUCACACAGCAACAGCUUUGAUCUGUGGGUGUCGGCCACGCUUGACGACAGGAAGUUGUCUGCUCGUGCACUUUUUGACGACAGCUCCCACAGACAGACGCAGCUGGCUGUCCCGGUUCACACGGGACAAACUGUCUGCCACAAAUUGCCCUUCCACGUCUAUGAUACCGCUGAUUACAUCCGUCCAAUUAGCUUCUCUCUGCGCUUCAAGAUCAACAAUACAGAGAGUGGGCCAGUGCUGGAUGAAGGUUGGCCAACCACUGUCAAGAAAACUAUACAGUUCUUUAAAGACUGCGGGGAGGACGAUGUGUGCACCACAGACCUGGUGCUGCAGGCUCAUAUGGACAUCUCAGGGACAAGACAGAAGCCUUAUGUGAUUCGCAGCCCUCGUAGGCGUCUGGCGGUGGAGGUGCAGCUUCAGAACAGACUGGAGAACGCCUACAACACAAGCCUGACGCUGCACUACUCACGCAACCUGCACUUCUCCAGCCUCAGCAUUAGAGAGGAUGCCCACUUUAAGAUCGAGUGUACAGCACUCGGUGCCAACAGCCACUCGUGUAAUGUGAGCUAUCCAGUUUUCCGCUCCCAGUCAAAAGUUAACUUCAUGCUGGAGUUUGAGUUCAGCUGCACAUCUCUGCACAGUCGAGUGCAGAUGAAGCUUCACGCUGCCAGUGACAGUAUAGAGAGAGAGAACACUUUGGGGGACAACAGUGUUCAGCUGCAGAGUUUUGUCCAGUAUGAACCAGACAUGUUUGUUAGCAGUGACUCUAAUUUGAACCGAUAUGAGGUCCACCCCACUCGUACGGUGUCAGAGGCAAUUGGACCAGAGUUUUACACGCACCUCAGGCUGCAGAACCUCGGCUGUUACUCUGUGAGUAAUCUGGAGCUCAGGCUGCAUCUGCCCUCUGUGGCAGCCGGAGACCGCGUCUUUAUGACCGUCACCGAUGUCUUUUCAUACAACGCCACAGGGGUGAACUGCAGUGUGCUGAGUGAUCUUGCCCAGCUGAAGGCCAGACAGAGAGACGUGCGCUCGCUUCAUCCUGAAGACAUGAUGCAGAAUGACGUACUGAACUGCAGCAGGUCAUGGUGCACGGAGGUGGUGUGUGAAGUCCAACAGCUUCUAAGAGGACAAUCUGCCAUUGUUCGUGUCAGCCGCAGAGUUCAUGAUGAUUUUUUCAGAAAAGCCAAAUAUAAGUCAGUGAGGAUAAUAGGUGCCUAUCGCCUCGAAGCUCAGGAGAUGAACCUCGUCACUUUGGGCACAGGAACAGUCUGGAGGGAGACUGUACUGGAGGUGCUAAAAGGCAGAGCUAUUCCCAUCUCACUGUGGAUUUUAAUUGGUAGCAUCAUCGGAGGUUUGCUGCUACUGGCCCUUAUCAUUUUCACACUAUGGAAGCUGGGAUUCUUCACACGCAAACAGAGAGAAGAGGAUGAGAACCAUGAGGAUUGAGCCCAAUUUCUGCUGCCAUGACAACAGUCAUUUGCCAUGAUGACUACCACAUGAGUCUGCCUAUUAGCGGGCACAGAGAUAGUCCUGGGACUGGACUCGAUACACAGACGCAACAGGGACCUCCAGGACCAAAGAGAGAAUCACGAGGGUCCAACAGAAAUGCACUACCCGCUUAUUCCAGGGUCGGGGGCACUUAUGUAAAUAAUCUUGUUCUAUUUUUAAAGCAAUCCCAAAGUGUAUUAAACCACGAUACUUCUAUUUAAUAUGCAGACAUCUUUAUGGUUUCUCAUUUCAUAUGAUCAA